AUGAUCAAACUGUCUGCUUGUUUUUGUAAUGCUGCUAGAGAUUUUCAAAAACAUACUGAUUUAAUGAAACUUAUGCAGUUUUUGAUGGGACUUGAUGAUUGUUAUAUGUCUGUUAGAAGUAAUUUGUUGACUAGGGAUCCUUUGCCUUCUGUGAAAACUGCUUUUUCUGUUGUCUCUAGAGAAGAAUCUCAUAGAGGUGGUAUUAAUGAUAAAUCUUCUAUUGGUAAUGCAUCAACAUUUGUUGCUAGGUCUGGGUAUAACUCUAAUAGUCAAAAGUUUUCUAAGAACAAUUCUUCUUUUGAUUCUCAAAAAACAUUUGAUAACAAUUUUGAAUCCAAGAAAACUUUUGAUUCUGGUUCUAGAAACUUAAGACCUCCUAAUCCUAAUUUGAAAUGCACUAACUGUCAUAAAAUUGGACAUACAAUUGAAAGGUGUUUCAAGCUAGGUUAUAAGUUUGGGGGAAAGUUUAAUAGCAACAAUGCUAAUGCAGUGGUUAAAUCUAAUGUUUCUGGAAAUGUGUCUUCAGCAAGUACUAGUUCUUCUUCUGCUCAUACUCUUACUUUUGAUCACAUCUGCAAGCUUCUUAGUCUUCUUGACAAUCAAGGUUCUUCAUCAGGGUUGUCUGCCAAUAUGGCAGGUAUUCCUAUGUGUAGCAAUACUUGGUUCAACUUUAAUGCUUUUAUGUUUAAUGCCUUUAUUAAAUGGAUUGUGGAUAGUGGAGCUAAUCAACACAUGACUAUGAGUGCUAAAAAUCUUACUAAUGUUGUUGAUGUGUCUGAUUUAAAUCUUAAGAUUGUUCAUCCUAAUGAUACUUGUGUUACUGUUAGACAAAUUGGUAAUCUUCAUCUUAAAAAUGGUUUCAUUCUGUUUGAUGUUCUUAUUGUUCUUGAAUAUUCUGUUAAUCUUAUGUCUGAUUUACCUCAAAAGAACCUUCUGGGGACUGGUAGUGAGCAAGGUGGUUUGUAUGUGUAUGAUGAUAAUGUUGUGUGCUCUUAUGUGGUUUGUAAUUCUGCUCGUCUUCCUUGUGAGUCUAAGUUACUUUGGCGUCAAAGACUUGGUCAUCCUGCUGACCAAGCCCUUUCUGUGUUUAAAAACAAAUUUAACUAUGGUUCCGAUAUUAUUGGACCAUGUGAAGUUUGUCAUAAAGCUAAACAAACCAGGGAACCAUUUCCAUUAAGUGAACAUAAAACUUUAAAACUUGGAGAUUUGAUUCCUUUGGAUGUUUGGGAUCCUUAUAAAAUUGCUAGUAAGGAAGGAUUCAAAUACUUUCUUACAGUUGUAGAUGAUUUUACUAGAGCAGUAUGGACUUUCAUGAUGAAAUCUAAAAUGGAAGUUUUUGAAAUUGUCAAAUCUUUUCCCAUAUUACUUAACACACAGUUUAAUGCUCAUGUUAAGAUUAUUAGAAGUGAUAAUGAUACUGAGUUUGUUAAUAAUCAAAUAAAAACAUCUAAUUCUUUUAAAGAGUUUGUCCUUCCCUAUGACGAAGAGGAAGACAUGCAGCCUGAUCAUGUUAGUGGUAGUGGACCUCAUAACUCCUUUGGCAGUUCUUCCAAAUAUACUACUUCUGGUACUUCUAUUUCUGACAGUUCUUCAGGAUUACCAAUAAAUGAGAAUGUGCCUUCUAGUAGUUUUACAAGUUCUACCAGGAUUGGUGAUGAGUCUGCAACCUUAACUAAGAAUGAUAUUAAUAGAAAUUCUGAGGGAAAUGAAGAUUUUGAAUUAGAUGGUAAAGUUAAGUAUCGUCUUAACAAAGUUGUUAAUUAUGCCAAUUUAAGUUCUGGUUUGUAUGCUUUUGUUUCUAAUUUGAAUAAAACUAUUGAACCUAAGAAUUAUUUUGAGGCUGCUACUAAUCCUAAAUGGGUAGAAGCUAUGAAUCUUGAAAUGGAGGCGUUAAAUAGAAAUGAGACUUAG